AUGGAGCUCAUCUACUACGCUAUACUCGCUGGCGUAUUGCUGCCGGCCUGGUUCAUGUCCUACUGGAUUGUGCCCUACUUCACCACCUAUGCCCACCUCAAGCACAUCCCGGGCCCGUUCGUCGCAAAGUUCAGCAACAUCUGGCUGGCCACUGGAGCCCAUGGCGGCCAGAAGUUCGUCUGGGUCGACUGGGCACAUCGCAAGUACGGCAAGGUCGUUCGUGUCGGCUUCAACCAUGUGUCCAUUGCCACACCAGAGGGCCUACGCAUCGUGUAUGCCCAUGGAAACGGCUUCCUGAAGGACCACUUCUACAACGCGUUUGUCUCCGGCGUGCCGGGCGUCUUCAACGUGCGCGACCGCACCGAGCACGGUCGCAAGCGCAAAAUCGUUGCCCACGCUUUCUCGCCCGGAGCUGUUCAGGAUUUUGAGCCGCAUAUGACCAACAACCUGGAGCGCUGGGUAGGCCAGCUCGACAACAUCGCAUCACACCCCGACUCACCCGACGGAUUUGCCAGCAUUAACAUGAUGCCAUGGUGCACCUUUGUGGCCUUUGACAUCAUUGGCGACCUCGCCUUCGGUGCGCCCUUUGGCAUGGUCAUGCGUGGCCGCGACGAAUGCGAGUCCACUAUGCCCGGCAAGGCCACAAUCUAUGUUCCCGGUGCCGAGACGCUCAACCGCCGUGGCGAGGUCAGCUCAACCCUGGGUCUGCUGCCGCAAAUCCGGCCUUUUGCCAAGUACCUGCCCGACCCCUUCUUCUCGCGGGGCCUCCAGUCGGUGGCCAACCUCCACGGAAUCGCCGUUGCCGCCGUCGACAAGCGUCUAGGCUCCCAAGACGCUGCCGAGAAGGGUGGUAUUGUCGCCCAGGGCCGCCACGACAUCCUCGAGAUGCUGUGCCGCGCUAAAGACGGCAGCGGCCAGCCCAUCAAGCGCGACGAGCUUAUCUCCGAAGCCCUGACGCAGUUGAUCGCCGGCAGCGACACCGUCUCCAAUACUGCCUGUGCCGUUACCUACUGGAUCCUUCACGGCGAACGGGCUAAGCCCGGCUCUGUUCUGCCCCGCCUGCAGGCCGAGCUUGACGCCGCCGUUCCUGCCGGCACCGCCGUCGCCUCUCACGCUAUGGUCAAAAACCUCAAAUUCCUCCGCCAGUGCAUCGAUGAGGGCAUGCGUCUGCACUCCACCUCCGCCCUCGGCCUGCCGCGCAUCGUCACCGCACCCGAGGGAAUCGACUGUGAGAACGAGCACUUCCCCGUCGGCACCGUCCUGUCCGUUCCCAGCUUCUCCAUCCACCACGAUGCCGACAUCUGGGGCCCCGAUGUCGAGGAGUUCCGUCCCGACCGCUGGCUGGAUCUCACCCCGCGUCAGCGCAUCUGCUUCAACCCCUUCUCCUUUGGGCCCCGUGCCUGCGUCGGCCAGAACGUCGCACACAUGGAGCUGGCCCUGAUAAUCGGCACUGCCUUCCGCCGCUACGACUUUAACCUGUAUCAGCCCCAGCUGAUGUCGCAUGAGGGCUUCAGCAAAAAACCUGUCGAUUGUUGGGUCGGUAUUCGCCGACGUAACUGA